GCCAUAUCAAGUUUACUAAUCGCCAUAUUGCAGAAGAGUUGAUUGUCAUGAAUUAGGCUUGACUAUCGAUUUACUUCCUUAAGAUCAUAUAUAUCGGGUCACAAUGUCUGCGGGGCCGUACAAUUACUCGUAUAUCUUCAAGUACAUCAUUAUUGGGGACAUGGGUGUGGGGAAGUCAUGUCUCCUACACCAAUUCACAGAAAAGAAAUUUAUGGCAGACUGCCCACACACAAUAGGUGUAGAGUUUGGUACCAGAAUCAUUGAAGUAGCUGGUCAGAAGAUUAAGUUACAGAUUUGGGACACAGCAGGACAGGAACGUUUCAGAGCUGUUACAAGAUCGUACUAUCGUGGUGCUGCAGGAGCGUUAAUGGUGUAUGACAUCACUAGGCGGUCUACCUACAAUCAUCUUAGUUCUUGGUUGACAGAUGCUCGCAAUCUUACCAACCCUAAUACAGUGAUAUUUCUAAUUGGCAACAAAGCUGAUCUAGAUGCACAGAGAGAUGUUACAUAUGAAGAAGCGAAGCAGUUUGCUGAAGAAAAUGGUUUGAUGUUCGUCGAGGCCAGUGCGAAAACUGGAGAGAAUGUAGAAGAAGCCUUUUUGGAGACAGCAAAGAAGAUAUAUCAAAAUAUUCAAGAUGGCAGUUUGGACUUGAACGCAGCUGAGUCGGGUGUACAGCACAAGCCAACACAACCAGGUAGAACCAACCUGAGCAGUGAUUCACAGUCCAAUCGUGAUAAUUGUUCCUGCUAAACUCUGCUCUUACUCUGGUCAUUGUAUGGUUUGUGGUAGAUUUGCUGGACUAUAUUCAAGAUUUUCAACCAAGGAAAAUCUUCUUGUUGGAGUGGAGUGCUAGAUGCAAAGACAUUAUCAGAGUUUUAUCAAGGGGCGAGGGGGUAUAUGAAAGAAAUUAUGUUCUAUAUAUUUUUCUUUGAACUUACAUAACAUGACUGUGAGUAGUUUACAAAUCGAAGAACAAUAUGUAAGAUAUAAUUAUAGAAAGUAUUUAAAGUUACUAAAAGUGUAAGGGAAAACUUGGAGCUUAGAGAUUACUAAAUAUUUAAGAAGAAAAUCAGAUCUUCUCUAAGGAUUUUAUAAUGAGUUCUCAAGCCAUAUUUUAUUUUAUGAGACAGUACUUUGGACUUAAGCAAAAUUAGAUACAGUAUGUUCAUUUAUGGAAACAAGAUUUUGACCUUUACUUGAAUUUUACAUUCUGAUGUGGACUAAAGGAAUACUGAUUUUAUUUGGGUAUUUGUUGGCUUAUGAAUUAUGGAACUGGCAAGUAUGCAAGUGCUAGAAUCAUCUACUAGUUGUAUAUAUCUUACUGGGAUAAAAGCCAGUAUAUACGAAAAAACAUGAAAAAAUGAUUACCAGAACUGAGAAAGCAAGUAGAAGAUUAGUUAAAGAUUCUUAAGUCAUCAGUCACUAUAUUACCUUUGGAAGGAAGUUAACCAUUUUACUAGAGAAGUAUAGGAUAUGUGAUGCUGGUAUCAUUAUCUUUUAAAAGGCUUAUGAAAAGUCCAGAAAAAUCCUUUUUAAUCUGUAAGUUUGGCUUAACAUAUCAUCUACCACAGUGACAAACAGUGUAGAAAUGUAGUAGCACUGACUUUAAUUUUGGACCUAGUGCUGAGAAAAUAUUACAAGGACUUAAGAUAAAAAUUGAACUUUCUUAUGAUAAGUUAAAUUAUGAAAGUUUCUGAAAUUAAUAGGUACUUACAAGGUGGAAGUAUAUACAGUAUAUAUGCCAUAUUAGUCUCUCAAGGGAAAAAAUUAUAAAAGUAAUCCAUUCUGUAUUAGAGUACAGUACUGUACUUUAAACCUAGUAGGGUAUGUAUGUUACAACUACAGGACAGUAGAGUGUUUACUCACCUGUAUAAUUUGAAGAACUGAAUGGAUUAAUUAGUUGAAGAUUCAUUGUUGUUAGUGAUAAGAAAAAAAUCUUUUGAAACAGAAGGUUGUAUUAUGUGCAAAAGGAAGUUUGUUUUAUCCAGAAAGAAUUUGGCAUUUGUAAGCAUAUUAUUUAUAAAUAUGUAAGUGCAUUAAAUUUAGACCACUUUGUGACAGUCUUUCCUCUUAAAACUCAGUUCUUCAUAACUGACAUCUACAGUAUAAGUACACCUUACUCUUUUGAUCACCUGCAUUAUCAAUUAUUUUUUAUUUCAAUUAGCUAAAAAAAAAUUAUGUUCCAUAAUUCAAUAAGGGUUGUUCAUAGUUGAAGUGUGUAGUAUUUAUUCUAUCAUUUUCCAAAUUCUUUAUGUUAUACAAGUGACUUGCUACUUUCACUAUUUAAAGCAAGAGUGGGACAUUAUAUUGGACAGCGUCCGUCCUUUGGUCACAGGCCAUACACCAUCUCUAGAAAUUAUGGCUAUGCCCAACAUUUUUGUACCAAAGAUAUUAUUAUGCAUAUAGGUAUGUUGAGUUUACUUGUGGUAGCCCUUGAGCUAUUUCAUUGUGGUCAGUAAAAUCACAGUAGAAAAAUUGGCACCAUCUGUCCAAAUAGAUUAUUACAGCUCCCAUUAUUUAUCAUUGUUAGAGAACCUUGUUAGAUUUUUCAACCAGAAAGUUGCAAUUCCACACAUGUGCACAGUUUAGUAUAUGUAGAAAUGUGUGUACGUGUGUUUACGUGUGUAUACCUGUACAUGCGUGUGUUUGUGAAAACGGUGGCAUCAUCUGUCCAGCUACAGGAUCAAGGUGCAAAACUUGCUCUCACUGCAUAUCAAUGUAAAUGGAACCUCUUGUAUGGACUGUAUGACAGUGGGGAUGAGGAUCUCUGUUAGGUCAGUCUUGUUUGGCAUCAUUUUACUUAGUGUUAUGGCAAAAUUACAAAUGGGGCAACAGUUUGAAUUGCUAAUACUGACUGUGUUGUUUAUUGUCCCUUCAGGUAAAAGAUGAUGUGUUCAACACCCUUAAAGAUUAUAAAAGAAUCUUUGCUAAAACUUUCUCAACUUUCCAUAAGCCCUUGAAGUACUUUUCAUGUAUACCAGUGAUAGAUAUAUAUUGUACUAGAAACUACAGUGAUGUAAAAGACAAGUUUUUAUAUGGUAUAUGUAUGUAUGUAUGUGUUAUGUACAAAUACAGGUACAUACAUAUGCAAUUAUGUUCAUAUCUUACAGGCCUUUAUCAGUGUCUGUUGUACAUGUGGGGAGUCUUGGAAGUGCUCCUUAGUGGUCAUAUAAUACUUCUGGUAUAUUUCAGUCUUGAAAUGCAGAUUAUUAUACUGUGUAAGUACCACUAUAAGUCCCCCAGUUGCCAUAUUACCAUGAUUACCUUUUAGUCAUUCUUACAGACUGGAUUAUUAAGGUUCAGAUGUUGAUGUUAGCGAAGCGUACGUAAGUUUUUCUUUUGGGCGUACACUUUUAUUGCCCCCUCUUUUUCCAAUGGGGUUAGAUGAUCCUAACUUUCCUCAAGAUGAGCUGUGUAGUCCCAAUAUUUUUAUUUUCCAGCAAUUUUUUUUGGAGGGGGGGGAGCAGAUAAAACAGGUCAUUAAUGUUGUGAAUGUGUUUGGUCCACCUGUCCCACGGCUUUAUGUUGGGAAUGAGAGUACGGUAGGCCAGUUGAUAGAUGGAGUUUUUGAUACACACACACAGCCAGACACACACAUAAGAGAGGAAGGUUACAUACAGUGAUCUAUAAUUUGUAUAUUGUACCAUAUAAUUUAAAAGAAACCUUAGUGUUUUAAUCCAUAUAGUUGUUAAUUUUAUUUAACCCUAGUGUAUCUGUCUAAGGCAAAGGAAAGGUAUUCUUGCCAGUUAUCAGUUUUUUGGUUAUGAGUCACUUUGAAAGAUUCUAAUAGUGUGCAUAGUUUGAUUUGUGAUAGGUUCAUUCACCUGACUGAAAAAAUUUAAUAAUUUAUUAUGUUCAAAUAUUUAUAAACCAUUUUGUUGUUUACAUUUUAAGGAGUUCGUGGAGCAUUAAUAAUUUUUUUUAAAUUAACUAGACUUGGAUUUAAGCUACUGAUAUCUUAAAUAUUGAAUGUAUCACGGUUAUCAUUUAACUAGUGAAGUACUGUAGCUAGUUGGGAGUCUAAAAGUUAGAACUAAGCUGAUAUUUGGGAAACAUUUUUGAGAUUGUUAAGAUCUGUUGAAUAAUAGUAUAAUAUGUAUCAUUUUAAUUGUAAAGGAGACUGGUUGACUUUAGAUCAUCCAAGGAACAAUUACUUUGAAGCAACUAAAGGAUUGUCCUUUAUCCCACUGAUGGCUCAUAUGUAGCUGAAUUCUCAUUAAAGCACCACUUGGUGAGUUGUCAUGAACACUUUGCUACAUCCUUAUAUUUUACAUUAUUAUUCACUGUUACCCUCUCUGCUUUCAUCUUUUAAUUUAUAUCUACCUUUUCUACCGAGACAAUCCAUGUUUUUUUUUUCAUUUACCUUUUUUUCUUGACGCAAUUCAGUAAUUAUUACUCGUAUGAUACACAAAUCAACACACAGAAUUCAUCAUCAAAUAUUUUUAAUAUUGGUGGUUGGUUUUUGACAUUUGAAGGUGUGGAGGUAAACAGUACCAGAACUGUAAUGGGAAAAAUUGUCUACUCUGCACUGCUUUAUACCUGGGAGACUUGCUGGUUAAUUAAGCUGAGGAAACUUAUAUCCUUAGAGAAGAGAAUAAAGAGAAUUCCAUAUCAGUCUCCACACCUUGAAGUACUCAAGACAAAGCACCAGCACCGAGAGCUUUUGUUAAAUGUAACAACUGCUAUUUUCUGCCAUAAAGAAAUAUAAAUGAAAACAGUAAGUGUUACCUUUUACCUUUGUCAGUGUACGUAAGGAUGGUAAGUGUAAAAAAAGACAAAUAUGAAGAAGUAAAUACUGUAUAAUAAGAAAUAAAUAAAAGAAUCAGGAGGAGAGUUUUAAACGCUCUGAGGAUAUUUAGUAAUGUGUAAUAGACCAAUAUAUUUGCCUCCGUAUGAAUUCGGCAAAUUACAGAACCAUUAAUGAGAGAAAGGACUCUAUACUUUACUUCCGUAUACAGUACAGUACUGUUAAUGUUAACAAGUUGGUGUAUGGUCAGAAAGGUUUCUAAGAAGAGAGAUUUUAUAUGCAGAUAUGAGAAGCACAUAGUAAAAAGUGUCAAGAAGCAAAUAUUGAAGUAAUGUGUGUUUAAUAAAAGGCAUAAAUAAGCCACAUGUUUCCAUAAGUAUGUGUGUAGGGUUGUGUAAUAUGGACACAUGCAUAUAUUAUAGUUUGUUAAUAAAAGAAGGCAAAACAAUUAUCUUGAUGAUAAUGAACUCACUUUUAUUAUCAGUCUAUGAGGGCAAGGAAAGUAACUGUUUUAUAGAGUAUAAAUGAAUGUUUUAGGAUCAACUGAGACAAUUUAUAAAGAAAUAUGGAUGGGAGUUGGGUUUUAUAUUGAGGAAAAAGGUGUAAAACAAUACUUUUGUCAAUAUGAAAAUGAGUAUAGGUACAGUACUGUAUGUUACAAAAGGUAAUUAAAUAACUUAGGAGAAAAAUAAUUAUACAAGAGUAUAGUUAAUGCAGUGGACCAUCAAAUUGUAAAAGAUAACCUGUUACCUUAAUGUUUGUAUUGAAAUUGUAAUGUGAAUAUUGAUUGAUUGAUACGUUUAUUGAGAUACAAAAAACAUUAAUACAUCUCGAAGGGAUGAAGUGACAUAAGUCAUCCCCACCCCAGUCCAGGAAUGUCCCUCUCAGGACUCACAUAAAUCCCUAAUAUUUCAUAUAAUCAGUUAUAGUACAUAGUUAUAUUCUAGAUGCAAAAUUUCUAUAUUUCUUUAAUAUUUCAUCUAUUUUCCUAUUUUUAAACAUGUGAAUAUUGUGUUGCUGUAUCUGGCAUAAAAAUGAUAAUUCAGAUUUCAUAUAUUAUCUGUAUAGUGUUUACUUGAGAAGCAGAAUUCAUAGAACUUUCAAUAUUGUGUCUAGUGUGGCCAAAGAAUAAAUUGAAAAUCCCUUCUAUAAUAACAAUAGGUAAUAAGACAUUGGUAUCAACGUGAAGAAAAACUGAUGGUACAGUAUAGAUAUUUUACAGCAAGGAAUGGACACUAUUUAGAAUCUUAUAAUUAUCAAAAGAAAUGAUGGUGUGAUAAUCAAGGGGGUAAGACGAAGACUUUGCAAAGGAUUUUAUUAUUCAAAGAUGAAUAUAAAGCAUGAUGAAUGCAUAAAUUGAAGACAAAUUUUAUUGUGGGUAUUCAAUACUAAGUUGAUCCUCAAAGUUUAUACUCAAUAUGGGGAAAAAGAAAAACUGAAAAUAUUCAGCUUUUAGAUCAUAUAUAAAACACGUCAAAAAAGAAGACCGAUAUUUUGAUUAUGGAGAAGUAAAAUGACGAAGGUGAAUGCUCUGAAUAUAAAAGGAUGACUUAUAUCUUGGGGUGGAUUUGUAUACAAGCAAGUCCACUGGAUAGGAAAUUACCUUUAGUGCUAAAUAAUAAUGAAGCUUUUUAGUGAUUUGACAGGUAUGGAGAGAAUCCCUGAUGAUGAGUUUUGUCAAGGGUUAUUAUGGGAACUGAUCCUUGCCAGGUUUGUGAUCUAUCCUCAUGAUUAAGUGAUCUCUUGCAGAGGUUUGUCAAGAGCACAGACGAAUUUAACAGUAGGUGAGAAUCAGUUUGAACUGGUGAUUUAGUGGCCAUGUUUUCUCCUGAAAUUUUUGUAAAUAGCAACAGUACAGUACCUGGUAUAGGUGCUGUAGGAGUUUAACAGUUUGCCUUCUGGACUGAUGUGAGCACCCUUGAUAUUUAACCAUAGGAUUGAGUGCAUUAGGGGAAAUGCUGUAUCAGGUGUUUGGUUUUUUGGGAAUGCAUAUACUGUACAUGGCACUUGGUUUUAUAUAAGUGCUAAAGUAAUUUAAAAAACUUCAUGUAAGAAGAUAUUUAAAAGAACACUGAUACACACACAUACAAAGUGAGUUGGUAUUAAAAUAUUACAAUAAGUAAGGAGCAGUCCUGUAUAGAGGUGUUAACAUUAUACCUAAAUUCUGAAUGUGGACUAUGUCAGGUUAACACAGUGUCAUACUUGGAAUUCCGAAAUUGUGCAGUCAUUGUUGAUAAAAAUUUUUUAAGUGUGUUCAUGCUAACUGGGGGACAAAUAUAACUAUAUAUUCCAUUUUACUUGGUUAAAUAUUAAACAGGUGAAGGAAAAUGGACACAAGGAAAAUUUUAAUGUACGAGGUUGAAGGGCUAAAUUUUCUUGUAUUGAUUGAUCUGGUUUUUAACUUAUCCCAAAUAAAACAGAAAAUAAUCCAUUACAGUUGUCCCUGAGAUGACAUGCACACCUGUACAUUGAGCAACUCUAGAAUGGCUGCACUAACUCAGACUUAACAGUAUGUAUGAGUGCCUUCCUAAGAUCAUCCAUAUUCAGAGUUAGAGCAGAACUUUUAUGUAUAACGCUGAUUAUUGUCAAAUCACACGCUGUAUAAACAGAGUGUACCGUAUACACCUUUAGCAAGAGUAUAAUUAAGUAAUGAUGAUGCUAGCAUUUAUAAUUUUUUGGUUCUUUGCAUGAGUUUUUGUGUGGCAGACUUUAUUGCAUUUCCAGAAUAUAUUUAAUAGUUGUGUGGCAACAAAACUCUUGCUUUGGAGUGUGCAUAUCAGGAUCUGGGAAGAAAAUGAUUCUAUUAAUAUAAUAAGCAUAUUAAAUUGAUAAUACCAUUUGUUUACAUAAUCAAAUUAUAUAUUUACUUUACUGACACAUUGUGAUAAUCCCAAUAACUUAUGUUAUCCAACCUUGUAUAACAAGUAUGUAUUGUUAAUACAGUGAUAACCCUUUCUUCCCUAGAUUUUUCAUUCCAUGCGGCAAUACACCAAUUAUUUGCUAAUCUCAAUCUGGUUUAUAAAGAUUUUGCAUAUCCAAUGUAGAUUUCAAUAGUUAUGUUUGCAUAACUGAUUAAAUAUGCAACAUCUUAACACUAGAUGUAAAAAAAAUUGGAUGUAGUUAAUAAACACGACAGUGAACUAGUUUGUGGAUACUGUAACUAAGUCGCUGGUGUGUGUAGCCUGUUUCAAGUCGGUGAGUGGGUACGUCAAACGAGGGUUUUUUUUCAUCAAGCUGGUGCCAGUUCAGUAAAUGUUAGGCAAAUAACAUGAGCAGCUAUUAAUGAGCCUUAUGGGUUACUUAAAGAGUGAUGGUUGUCCUAUUUGUUUCAACCUUAUAGUCCUUGUCUGAUAUAACUUACAGGAAAAUUGUUGACUAUGACAAAUAUUUGGUUUAAUAAUUUCAAAGUAUUUCCUGCUAACUGUAUAAGCCUCAGUCAGAAUAUUAGCUGGGCAGUCAUUUUAUAUUACUGACCUAAUAUUAUAAAAUAGGUGUUGAGCAGACAAAAGUUUUUGGCAUUUUUGUAAAUAUUCAUUAUUUUGUAGUGUAGGAGUAUCUUAAUGAUUAUUGACCAUUCACAACAUGAAUUCAAAUAUCAACCACACUAGAUAAGCCAGAAGUUUGUUAAAAGUUAGAUACUCUAAUUAAAUGAUAUUGUCUCAUGAAAUUCCUGUAGAAAUGGCAGAAAUGAGACAUGAAUGUCUUAGAAAAUAAAAUAAUAGUUUAAUAUAUAAUCUUGUUCACAGCUUCCCAUACACAUCUCAACUUGAUUAAAUUUGCCAAUGGUUUUAUAAGUCAAUGUCACUGUUAAUUAUUUCUUCUUAAAUUUCCUUGACACUUGCCACUUAAUUAUGGGCUCUUACACUGAUCAUAGAUUGGACUGGUGCUAAAUUCGAAUAACAAAGAUAAGCAAUUCUUUGCUUUCAGAAUUUUUUGCAUUCAUUGUUUUACAAAUCACACAGUUAUCCCUACAAUGUUAAAUUAUGGCUUUAUGUUCUGUGUCCAAGUGUGUGUAUGUUGAGAAGAAUGUUUGAGUGAGUGGGGCUUUAAGAAUGGCUUAGCCUUUUACUGACAGGUGGUGAAGAUUAGAUAUAUACUGUAUCUUGAGAGUGGUUAUAUCAUGAUAAUGUUACUAAACUGUACAUUACAUUUUUCUUUCAUUAUAUAUUUCUGAAAACCCUUGGAAGAUCUUAAUAAUGUAUAUAUUGGAUAUCAUGACAGUGCAUUCUGUUUUCACUGCUUGUAUCUAAUUGAACACUGUGAUAUGUUUAUUUUGUUAAGGAAUGGUCUUUAAUGAGGCAUAAUGAUUGCAGGUGUUGUCGAUGAAUUAAGAAAAUUAUCCUUGUAAAACAUUAAUAGUAAAGUCGGCCUCAUUAUUGAGAUUUUAUUAACUAAUAAAUACUACUUUAUGUAAAUAAUGUAAUUGCCAAGGAAAGUCUCUCCCACUGUUUGUUGAAGGGUUUUAUGGAGUUGGUGUUAAUUUAGGACUACUGUAUGGCUGCGUUAGGUUCACGUUUAUCUUCAGAUUUUCUUGGUUACGUAAGUGUACCAGGAAUCCUUUUCACUACAUAACUGUGGUUUCUAAUGAGUUUCAGUACUGGUAUAAACGUUAAUAAUAGGAAUAUGAAACUUUGUUGAUAAUUAUUCCUAAUGUUUUCAAAAUCCAUUGACUGUGUACAGGGCGUCUCAAAAAUUUAUACACACUGCCUUACACAUUUCAUGGAUAUGUUAUGAUUGCUUGUACUGUACUGUAUUAAAAAACAUUGUCCUGACUUGUGAGAGACCUCACACAUCAACAAAUGAGGACAAUGUUGCUGUUGUAAUGUAGCAUUCACCUGAUCUCCACAAAAAUCUGAAUGACAGUGUGUAUACAUUUCUCUGAGACAACCUGUAUGCAUGUCAUGUGUUACUUUAGGGGGAAACUCUCCUUGAAGGGGGUGGCCACUUGUAUAAUCUUCCCCUAAUCCUCCUAGCCAUUGACCACCUCUAACACCAUCAUAAUUUAGACUGCAGCAACACUUGAAGCCUAUGCUUAAGAAUUUCAUUGGCCAACUUGGCUGUCAGAAAGUAAAACGUAGUCACUCAUUAUGUGUAUUGAGAGACAAGAACUGUAAGGUCGGUGGCUACUUCUACAGUUAUGCACAAGCAACAAAGUAGAAGGAACAAAACAAGCAAGUCAUACACAAAGGACCACGUGGAGAAUGGGAAUGCAAUUUAAUAUGAGAACUCUUGUGGAAUUCAUGGAUAUAAGGUGGACUAGUGUUGAAGCAGAUAAUGUAGACACCCCUGCCCCAUCAUAAGGAAAAAAGCCAUCACUGGGAGAGGGGUACCUUGUUUUCUCCAUAUUGGUAUUUUUGUAGUUAUUUAAGGCUAUUCACUGUGUUUCUUACUUUGCAGUUUUUAUUUAGCAAUAAAGUUCUUUCUUUUAGGUACUGAUAUGAUUUAUGACUUGGUUUUUCAUAAUUUCAUCUUUAUUAUUCAUAAAGAAUUAAAUUCAGUUUCUCUGUCCUAAUUCUUCUGAAGGAUAUAGAUAAGUAAAGGAAUGUGCUGGAUGUUACUAUUUGGCAUAACGUAUAAUUCUUUGGUUAAUUUAAACUGAAAAAUAUAUGUAUAACAAUCAUCAAUAGUAACACAAAACAUACCACUACCUUCAGGAACCAUGUCACCAUCAUUCAGUCAAACAAGUACAGUAUUUAAAAAAUGCUGGAGUGGAAAGGGUUAAGCAAAUAUUGAAGCUCAUUUCUUUCCUCAUUCUGAAACAUCAUAUUUUUCUCACUCAUAUUUACUGUUUUAUUUGAUUUUAUGAUUGCCAACUCCUGGCUACUACCCCUCUGUUCACGACCUGCUCGGACCUACCUAAAGAUGAUGGCCCAGUACUUGUUUCAGUGCUGAUGUGUAUGUAAGACUAUUAUUCACAAUGUAUUUACUUGUAUAUAUUCAUAAACAAGUGUGUGUAAUCACCAGUAGGGAAUAUAAAACCUUCAGAAAUGAUAUUUACUUGAUUCUCUUUUGUGAAGAAAUCAGAAUUUCCAAUUCCAAGACUGAAUUUUUAGUAAUUGUUUGAGAAUUAGUUUUAAUAUGAACACCCAAACAAUGCUCUAGCCACCUUGCCUGUGACCAAUUAGAUUACAGAUUGGGACCUAAUGCCUGCUGCAUUACCUCAAACAAUAACUAAGAUUAUGAGUCUAGAAGCAACAUGCAACAUGGUAACUUUAUUCCUGACAUACAAAAUAAGGGAGUCGAUAGAUUUAUAUCUAACUCGCUAUUUCUGCUCACUCUUUUUAAGACAAUCUCCACUCCUGACCGUGUCCUCUGGUGUUCAUAAUAGUUGCUGCGUGCUAGAUGGUGUACGCAAAUCUGUUGUAAGUUUAAGAGAUGUGUUUUUGUUAACAUAUACUUGCCAUCAAUCAAAAGACAGGUCACUGGGACACAUAGGAAGAGAUUUGAGAAUUAUUACCAGAUAUAAGAGCAAGAUUAUUGGCAGAUCAUUCAGCCUAAAUACAGAUAUGAAAUUGGAAUAAGCUUGUGUUGCUGUCUAUACUGUAAGAUUUGUGUACAAAUAUUAGAAUGUUAGUAAUAAAUUUGUACAAGUGUA